CCUAAACUUAGCAGCUAACAAGACAUCUCACCAUGUUGGGAACACUCAUAGGUGCUGAAGUAGGAGCAGCCGUGGGUGUGGGAGCUGCACCUGUAGCCCUGACUGCCAUGGGCUUCACAGGGACAGGAAUAGCAGCAGCAUCCAUAGCAGCCAAGAUGAUGUCAGCAGCAGCCAUCGCCAAUGGGGGUGGAGUUGCAGCAGGAAGCCUGGUGGCCACACUGCAGUCAGUGGGUGUCGUUGGACUCUCUACAUCAACCAACAUGAUCCUGGGUACUGUUGGGGCAGCUGCUGCAGUCUUGCUUUGAACUUAAAAGAAAACACAUCUACCAGUGGACCCCCAAAGGAAUAUACGGAGUAUCUAGGAGACAGUGUACCCCAAGAUGAUCUUCCAAGUCUCUCACUGACAUCAGAGAAAAAACUGAAAAAUAAAGACCUUUUGCUGGUGUCCCUA